UACUUGAUCAUGAUGAUUAAAAUACUAGCCAAUCGUUGCGCGUUCUUAUACGGUUGACAUCCGGUAAAUUAAUGCCUUAAGCAGGCGCGCACGACUUUCGCAGGUUACUUGUAGUAAGGCAACGGGUGAAAGCAAUUUGCAGUUCAGGAUGACAAAGCCGACUAUUCUCUCUGCGGUCAUGCUAGUUUUCUUGGUGACCAACGGAUACUGCAGGAACGACAAUGACAACGUUUUGCGGUUUGAAAAUAAUCCCCACUUCACGUUCCAAGGCUGCAUGCUUCGUUGCUUGGACAAAGACCUGUGUUGCUCAUGUAAGGAGUCUGGCAAACUGUCGAUGAAUGCAGCGAUGGUAAACGAUUUCAGUAAAACCUGUUCUGCCUCAGACGACGAUGUGAAAUGUUCUACUAGAUGGGUCGAUUCCUGGAUGAAUGUUGAACGUAGUGGAGCCAGCAACUGCACUGUACAGGGCAAUGUUGAGAAAGAACUUAACAAAUGUGUUAGAAAGUGCAAAGGAAAUCCUUUGUCGAAACCACUGGACCCUUAUCACCCCUUACAUUAUCCAGGUCAUCUCUCCGAACCUUCGGACCUUUCUAGCUACACUGAACCAGACUUCACCGAAUUUUGCAACGACAUUCGAGCGGGCGGUAUCUUAUGUACGAUCUACGGAAAGGACAGCUACACCGCAGGCAACACACUUUGUCGCACUGGGCAUAGUUGCGGUUACCAUGGUCAUAAAUAUUCCUGGUGUUACGUCGAUUUUAGUGGCCACUGGGACUAUUGUUGCACUGGACCAUGUGGGUUUGAGAAAGGAACAUCCUACAUGUGGUGUAAAGCUGGAAGUGAGUGGCAGUAUUGUGGAAAUGCUGGCACAACAGAUAUCCAAGGAAGAAAAUGUCUGACAGGAUUUCCAUGCGGGGUGCACCAGGAAGAAGGGAAAGCGGAUUAUUUCUGGUGUUACGUGGACAUGAAAAAGAACUGGGAUAGAUGCUGCGAACCAUGGGAUCCCUGCACUCCGAAAGGUGAAAUAUACGGGUGGUGCUACACUGGAUACAAGAAGAAGACGAUCUGGAAGAAGUGUAGAAAAGUCGAGGAAUGAACUAUGUUUUAUUCUUUCCAGUAACCUGAUGUCCUCCGGCAAUUUUCUAAUGACUAACCCUUGAUGUGUUUGUUGGUGUGUGUUCAUAUAACCAUUUUAUAUUACAGUAUGAGAUUGAUGACGUGUACAAAUAAGAUUUUCAUUAUAUAUAUUCAAUAAAAGCAACUGUUUCAAAAUUCAGAACAAUGCAGUAUUACAAAUAUAAUAUAUGCACCUGUAUAAAGUACCUACUGUAGCAAACUAGCUUUUCAGUUCACUGGACAUUUUAUAGAAUAUUGAUUAUCGCACAACCUGUUUUCUCUUUACUUAUCAAUAUGUUUAGUAAAACUGAUAAUGUAAGAUAAUUUGAGUUUGAUGGUCAGAUUCCCGACUAGAAGAUUUAUCACUUUUUGUACAUAUUGUCUUAUAUCGACAAUUAACUGGAUAAAAUACAUUUAAUUUGGUAUAAACCAAACAUGGACAUGUUUCUUCAAUAAAUAUCUUAUUAAACUUUAA